GAGGGGAUCUGUGAAGUUUAUUGGUGCAACCAUCCUUGUAUUUUUUGCAAAGAUACAAACUUGGAAUAGUUAUUAUGAACAAAAGGACAAGAAAGGAUUCACCACCUAAGGUGGUUUUAGUUCUCUGAAGACUGGUGUUGCAAGGCAGAAUUCCUUUUGAGAUAAUCUCUGAAUAGAAGAUAACCAUGUGGUUCUUCAUCGGUCAUCUUAUUACAUUCUGUUUCAUCUUCUGUGAGAGCGGUCAUCUUCACGAGGAAGGAAACAAAGGUUAUGGACCCGUUUUUGAGGAGCAACCCAUUGAUACCAUCUAUCCAGAAGAAUCUUCAGAUGGACAGGUUUCAAUGAACUGCAGAGCUCGAGCAAUUCCUUUUCCUACUUACAGGUGGAAACUCAACAACUGGGAUAUUGAUUUAACAAAGGAGCGCUACAGUAUGGUGGGAGGCAGACUUGUUAUCAAUAAUCCAGAGAAAUCAAGGGAUGCUGGAAAAUAUGUCUGUGUAGUAUCGAAUAUCUUUGGAACUGUCAGAAGCAGUGAAGCAACUCUGAGUUUUGGAUAUCUGGAUCCCUUUCCACCUGAGGAACGCUAUGAGGUUAAAGUACGAGAAGGUGUUGGAGUAGUGCUUCUUUGUGAGCCCCCUUACCACUACCCAGAUGACCUCAGUUAUCGCUGGCUUCUAAAUGAGUUCCCAGUAUUCAUUGCUUUGGACAAACGACGAUUUGUGUCCCAGACAAAUGGCAAUCUCUACAUUGCAAAUGUAGAAGCAUCAGAUAAGGGCAAUUAUUCAUGUUUUGUGUCCAGCCCUUCAAUAACAAAGAGUGUAUUCAGUAAAUUUAUUCCACUUAUUCCACAGACUGAUCGUGCAAAAGUGUAUCCUGCUGAUAUUAAGGUGAAGUUCAAGGACACAUAUGCUCUCCUGGGGCAAAAUGUGACACUGGAGUGUUUUGCUCUUGGGAAUCCGGUUCCUGAACUCAGAUGGAGUAAAUACCUUGAACCUAUGCCAGCCACUGCUGAGAUAAGCAUGUCUGGUGCAGUUCUUAAGAUCUUUAAUAUUCAGUAUGAAGAUGAAGGACUUUAUGAGUGUGAGGCUGAAAACUAUAAAGGAAAAGAUAAACAUCAAGCAAGAGUUUAUGUGCAAGCCUCUCCAGAGUGGGUAGAACAUAUCAAUGACACAGAGAAGGAUAUAGGCAGUGACCUCUACUGGCCUUGCGUAGCUACAGGCAAGCCUAUUCCAACAAUUAGAUGGUUGAAGAACGGUGCCUCGUUCCGGAAAGGUGAACUAAGAAUUCAAAGUCUGACCUUUGAAGAUGCUGGCAUGUAUCAGUGUAUAGCAGAAAACACACAUGGAAUUAUUUAUGCAAAUGCUGAACUGAAGAUUGUGGCUUCACCUCCUACUUUUGAACUGAACCCUAUGAAGAAGAAAAUCCUAGCAGCUAAAGGGGGGCGUGUAAUCAUUGAAUGCAAACCUAAAGCUGCUCCUAAGCCAAAAUUCUCCUGGAGCAAAGGAACUGAAUUGCUUGUAAAUGGGAGCCGCAUACGCAUCUGGGAUGAUGGGAGCCUGGAGAUUAUCAAUAUCACAAAGCUGGAUGAAGGUCGCUACACCUGUUUUGCAGAAAAUAACCGAGGAAAAGCUAAUAGCACUGGUGUUCUAGAAAUGACAGAAGCUACAAGGAUUACUUUAGCACCACUGAAUGUUGAUGUCACCGUUGGAGAGAAUGCUACCAUGCAAUGCAUUGCAUCCCAUGAUCCCACAUUAGACCUGACAUUUAUUUGGUCUCUAAAUGGCUUUGUAAUAGAUUUUGAGAAAGAACACGAACAUUAUGAAAGGAAUGUUAUGAUUAAAUCCAAUGGUGAACUGCUUAUUAAAAACGUUCAGCUGCGGCAUGCUGGAAGAUACACGUGCACCGCACAGACAAUUGUUGACAAUUCUUCAGCUUCAGCUGACCUUGUUGUAAGAGGUCCUCCAGGCCCUCCCGGAGGUAUAAGAGUAGAAGAAAUUAGAGAUACUGCUGUAGCACUUACAUGGAGUCGUGGAACAGACAAUCAUAGCCCAAUUUCUAAAUACACUAUCCAGUCAAAAACUUUCCUGUCUGAAGAGUGGAAAGAUGCCAAAACAGAUCCAUCAGAUAUUGAAGGAAAUAUGGAGUCUGCUAGAGUGAUUGAUUUAAUUCCGUGGAUGGAAUAUGAGUUCCGAAUAAUAGCAACAAACACUUUGGGAAUAGGAGAACCUAGUAUGCCGUCACAGAGAAUUAGAACUGAAGGAGCUCCUCCUAAUGUGGCUCCUUCUGAUGUUGGAGGAGGGGGUGGAAGCAAUCGAGAGCUGACAAUAACAUGGAUGCCUUUGUCAAGAGAAUACCACUAUGGCAAUAACUUUGGUUACAUAGUGGCUUUCAAGCCAUUUGGUGAGAAAGAAUGGAGAAGAGUUACAGUUACUAAUCCUGAAAUUGGACGGUAUGUUCACAAAGAUGAAUCAAUGCCACCUUCAACCCAGUAUCAAGUAAAAGUGAAAGCUUUUAACAACAAAGGGGAUGGACCAUUCAGUCUCACUGCUGUCAUUUAUUCAGCUCAAGAUGCUCCAACUGAGGUACCCACAGAUGUGAGCGUAAAAGUUUUGUCAUCUUCUGAAAUUUCUGUUUCUUGGCACCAUGUUUCUGAGAAAUCUGUGGAAGGAUAUCAGAUUCGUUACUGGGCUGCUCACGAUAAAGAAGCAGCUGCACAGCGGGUACAAGUAAGCAAUCAAGAAUACUCAACCAAACUGGAAAACUUGAAGCCAAAUACACGCUACCAUGUAGAUGUUUCUGCCUUCAAUAGUGCUGGCUAUGGACCUCCUAGUAGAACCAUUGAUAUUAUUACUAGGAAAGCACCUCCAAGCCAACGUCCAAGAAUUAUCAGUUCUGUAAGAUCUGGUUCAAGGUACAUCAUCACCUGGGAUCAUGUGAAGGCAAUGUCAAAUGAGUCUGCAGUUGAAGGAUACAAAGUGUUAUAUAGGCCAGAUGGACAACAUGAAGGCAAGUUGUUUUCAACUGGAAAACACACAAUAGAGGUCCCAGUCCCCAGUGAUGGUGAAUAUGUUGUUGAGGUCCGAGCACACAGUGAAGGAGGAGAUGGAGAAGUAGCUCAAAUUAAAAUUUCAGGUGCCACUGCUGGAGUACCGACUCUGCUUCUGGGCCUGGUGCUUCCUACCCUCGGUGUCCUUGCCUACUCGGGAUUCUGAAUGUAGCUGGAUUUAUCUUGUCCUCAACCGAAGACAAGGGACUCCCCUUGAAGACGAGGACUGCAACUCUUGAUUCCUGUGGCACCAUCCUAAGCCAAAUAAAUUACACUUUAAAAUAAAUCACCCUACCAAUUUCCUAUGGACUUUAAGAGGACUGAGGCAUCCAGGAACUCCUUCAUUAAGUAAAUCAACUUUUGAAAGGAUAAGAAAUAUUUUUAACUUGUUCCAAUAUGCCUUAUAAAACACUUAUGCUGAUCUGUGACAGUUGCAUGAUUCAGUCCAAUGGGGCAAGUUACAGUGUUAAAACCCAAUAACAUAGGCUGUACAGUGAAAGUAAAAUCACCAUACGUAGGUGCUUUAACUUGAAUAACAAAUUGUGAAAUAUAAUAGAGAUUGAAAUGUUGAUUGUAUGUGAUAAAUGUAAGAGUACUACGUCUGUCUGUACUAUCCUAUAUGUUUUGUGUACUGCAUAUUUUUGAAUGGCCCCAUCAUCAUUUAUUGGGAUUACUGGUUUUUAGAGACACAGUCAAAGCAAAAACAUUUUGUUUAUUUUUACAGCUAUAUUUCUUGAGGCUAUUGGAUACAAUUUGAAGGACCUGAAAUAAAAGUCAGUUACAAGGAAUUUAUUAUUUUAAAUAUGUUCAGAAUACCUGAGACACUCGUAGCAUGCUCAACUUAAAGGAAUUUACCUGUACUUUACGGACACUGGAUUUACCAUAUUCUUUUUUAAAAACAAUUCUGUUGAAAUUCUGUUAUGGUCAUUGUUCCUGAUUUUAGGAGCGAAAUGUCAGCUUUCAGGGAAGCAGCAUAAUAUAUUGGUUUUGAUUUAGUAUUAUUACUAUUAUUAUUAAGAUAGCAAUGUAACAAUUAGGAGUCUGAAGAUGAGUCCAUGCUAAAAUCAUCUAAAUGGACCAUGAAAUGGUAGGAAACUUAUGUUAUUUUUUAAAGUGAAAA